GACUGGUUCAUGGUUGACAUUUGACAACUCAAAAUCGCAGAGAAGAGUUCAUUGCUAUAAAUUUGUGAUUUAUUUUCUUGUAUUUUGUGUAGUAAAUAAACUUCUUGAUAAUGAAGAAAAAGGUAAAUAAAAUCAGAUAGGCCUACAAUUACAACAUAAGUUUAUUAGGUAUAUAUAAUGUAGGCGUAGGGUAGGGCUAACUGUUAGAAUUGUUAACUGUCUUUAGUAUUUAGUCUUAAAAACAGCACUACCGCACUCUCUCACUAGAAUCAAUGAAGUCUAGAAUCGUAACUUAUAUUUUAAUCUAUACUAAGUCAAUUAGUAAAAGUUUUAUUUUAAGGAUGGCCUAUUAUUACUAUUAGCCUGUACUUUAUUAGCCUAUAACAAUAUGCCUCAAUUUUUGUAAAUAGGCCUGGCCUAGUAUAAUAGCCAUAGGUACUUUGAUAACAAAAAAAAACUUUUAAAAAACCACCAAACUAUAGUCUAUAGUUGAAUAGAGCUAAUUUUUAAAAGAAUUAUAACACCAAAAUCAUAUUUUUAGCUGUUGUAGUUUUAAAGUUAUGAAUUUUUAAAGUAUGACUUAAUUUGUCCUUUUUUAAUAUUAACAUUAUAAUAACAUGGACCGCAUUUCCACAUUCUUUGACUUUGACCCAAAUCCGCUGUUCGCGUCACGAGCUAUAUAACUCUUGUUUUAUUGAUAAUUUUAUUUUCAGAACUAAUGCUGUAUUUAAAAAAUAAGUUUAAUAAUGUUAACAAUUAUUAGAUAAAUUGUAGCUUAUCUUACUAUGCACUAUUUAUAUCAGUAAAUUUAAUAUAAUGUAUUAAUAUAUGGCUUUUCUGUUUACCAAAUCUAUGAUGUCCAUUAUACCAAUAUUUGCUAUAAAGUCUAUAUAAGGCAACUCAUGCCCUAAGUACAAAAAUACUGUUUGGGAACUAUUGAACUUUCAACUUUGGUACAUGACUAACUAAUUAAAGCUUUCCCAGACCUAGUUUAAUAGUUUUUGCACAUGGCAAACUUUUAUGAAUGAAAACUCCGAGAUAGUAGUAAAUAAUAGCCAUUAUGCAAGUCACUUUGAAUGGCCGCCAUGACAUUUUGCACACAAAUUUUGAUCAUUAAAAUAUGGACUCUGCCGGGUUUUUUAACCUCAAAUUAAAAUAUUAUUCUUUCAUAACAUUUAAAUUCAUUCUAAAACAUAAGUUAUCAAAUGUUUUGAUGUAAAUAGUGGAAAUAAUUAAAUAUUUCCUUAGUAACAGCCUCUUCCGCCACUGAAAUUAUUCAAAUGAGCAUAACAGGUGACUGACAUGUCCUAAGUUAAUGAGAAUUGACACAAAUAUACAUUGAUAGAUAAUACAGAACAAGACUUUUUAUGAAAGACAUAAAAGUUGAAAUUCUAUACAAAUUUUUUAGUGAAAGAUGCCUUAUAUUUAAAAGGGAAUUUCAAAAUACAGGUCAAUUGAAAAAUCCAAACAAAUCAAUGUAAAUGUAGGCCAAGAUGUCUUUCAAAAUAUAAGGCAGGAAGCGGAACUCAAAUAUAUGUCCAAAGUACUCAUUUAAUAAUAAUUAGACACACACAUCGGAAAAUUAAAAACUCGGAUUUUUUGGCGCCGAUUGCCAUUUCCGAUACACAAAAAGUAGUAGUCUCCCUUGGUUUACCGAAGUAUCUAUAAUAGGAAAAGGCAUAGGGCUAAUAGUAGUAAUUAAUACUAAUAGGGCCAAUGACUAAAGAUGCAUGGAUUAGUUGAGUAGGGCGAAAUGCACCCUUAGUACUCUAAGCCUAAUGCGGGGUGGCAUUUCAGAUAUUUGGGUGGGCAGUGCCAGUGGACAGAAGCAGAGUAGUUAAGUGGGGCAUAAGGAGACAUUAGUUCCUGGGCACCAAACUUACCCGGGUGCCAAAUGGCAAAUGGUCUUUUAUGGUAUUAAAUGGAUGAGAAUUAUGGGUUUCAGAAUUGAGGGGGGGUGGGGUAGGAGUAAAAAUGAAUCUUGUCCCCUGGUGCCAAAAACUCUAGCUACGCCAUUGGCUUAGAAAUGGGGGCAGAUAGGUGGUCAACCGAGGUGUCAUAUUUUCUUUAGAUGGAUGGACAGCAUUUUCGGACAACUGUAGAGUUUGUAAUGUGAGUGGGGCCGUGUAAAAAAAACCUAGCCUGCCCUGUUUGGCACUAUUAUAGCUAUACCACUAGGCAUUAUAUCUAUCAGCACCAAAAUUGGCGAUCAGAGCCAGAUAUACUGUCAUUUUUAUUGGGAUUAGGGCAGAAAUCAAGGGCGCCAAUAGUUUUUCCCUAACCAUAAAAUGUGUGAUUAUUUUAAAGUCAAGAGGUGCAUAAUGGAGUAUACCUGAAUUCAGUGUUUUUAAUAGGUUAUUUGAUUGAAGAAAGGAAUUUUUCAAGUUGUAUGGAAGGCAUUAUAUUGGCCAGUGUCAUACAUAAUUGAAUUCACUACGGCUGUGUCGCGCCCCAAGAUAAUCAUUUGGCACAAGCUUAGAUCAACCCCAUAAUGUCACACUAAUCGAUGUCUGAGAAGGAGGUAACAGAAAUUGAGGGGCAGAAGACUCUCAAGCAAAAAAAGGGGCAGGGGUCCCCUUAGAAAUUUUUGGAUAAAUUCAAAAUGUUUCUUUCAGACAAUUUUGGAGGGGUCAUUAUAGACAUUUGGGUGGGAAGAACCAAAAAUAGCUAUAGUAGUGAUCAAGGACUUUUCUAACUCUCCCUGAGCCCAAAAUGAUCUAAUUCAUUCCAGUUGUGGCCCCCUUGAGGGUAUGCUUUUUGACAUGCUUAGUCUCACUCCUUCAAUCUUUAAAGUCCCUAGAAAUUUUUGGAAAAUUCAAAAUUCAUUUGAGCUCAUACCUAAAUUUAGUUUUGCACCAUUUUCACUUAAUCAGAGAGCAACAGGAGAGAUGCUAGUAAAACAUUUAGGUGUCACAUGACCUUAGAGCCAUAUUGUGAGCUCUGCAACUAGUACCAAAAAAAUGGAAGUGUUAUGAUAAUUGAAAUAAUAGUUAAAAGAAAACUUUUUUUUUGGGUAAUAUAUAUUUUUAAAAUCUUUCUCCUGGAUUCUAAUUUGUUUUAAAAAAUGCAUCCAAAUAUUUGGGGAGGAUUGUUUAUAAUUAUGAUAUUAAAAAGAGAAAAGCAGUUGGGAAUUUAUUACAUAUAGGUCUAGGCCAGCGGUUCUCAACCUGUGGGUCGCCACCCCUUUGAGGGUCGCGGGACCCUUUUCCAGGGGUCGCCUAAGACCAUCUGAAAACAUAUCCUUACAGCUAUGAAGUAGCAACGAAAAUAAUUGUGUGGCUGGGGGUCGCCACGACACGAAAAACUGUAUUAAGGUGUCGCGGCACUAGAAAGGUUGAGAACCACUGGUCUAGGCUAAGUAUUUUUUUUUAAAACUCAGUCAUUCAGGAAACUGUUACAAAAUUAAAAAUUUUGCUAUUAGCUAAAUUUUUUAAAGCAUUAUGCCAUCAUACAUUUUAUAAUUAACACUUAUCCCUAUUUUAAAAGUCCUACUUUUAUGUUGAAAUAUACUUUUAAAACAUUUGGCACAUGCUUAAUACUUAGCAAGAACUAUGUUAAAACUAUAGACUUUUAUUUUGAUGUAAAGGUAGUUUAAUACAGUGUUAUUAAAACCUUUAAUUUUUGAAUUUGAAAAAAUUAAAAAUUUAAAACAAACUAAAAAUGCAAACAAGAGAGAGUAACCUUUUGGCUUAUAAUCAUGAGCGCUUAGUUUUCAGUAAAGUGGGAUAUUUAUAAUGGAAUAUAUUGUAAGCUUGUAAUAAGAUUAGCCUUAAAUAUACGAAUCAUCAAAUAUCGAACGUAGUGAUAUUUUAUAGGUUCCACUUAUUGGAAUUGGUUAAAGGCACCAGUUACUAUUCUUUUUAAAAAUGUGAUAAAAUGGACAAAUUAGUCUUUUUUUUUUAAAAUAUAAUUUCUUUUUUUCUGUACACACUUUUUUCCAGGGAGCGCUUGACUUAAAAAUUAGCAAAACGUAUUAUUUAUUAUUAUUUUUAUUGUUGAUUUCAGGUACUUUUGAUGGGCAAAAGUGGCUCAGGCAAAACAAGUAUGAGAUCUAUUAUUUUUGCAAAUUAUAUUGCAAGAGAUACAAGAAGACUUGGUGCCACAAGUAAGUAAUGGUAGUCUAAUAAGCUUUAAACACUAGUUUAACUACUUAAAUAAAUGAGACAGCAACACACCACUGCCUAAGCACUCCAUGAAUUACGCUUUUAAUUACCUACCUAAAAUACCAGGCCACGCUAUACACCAACAGAAAAUGUGCAAAUUUUUUACCAUGACCUCAGACCACAGGUUGCAUGCCUAUAAUGAUGUUGAAUCUUUUUAAAUUAAAGAUGGCCAUUCCCAAAUAACUUGCCAGCAUUAUCAAGAGUCUUUAUUUUAUUUAUUUUCAUCAGUAUUGGUUCUAUAAUUGGUGAUAGGAAAAAAACUAAUGUAAGUUCCAAGUUUCACAAAAUGUUUAGUAAUGGUUGAGAUAAUUGUAAUUUGCUACAUUUUUUCUAUGAAUUUAUUUUUGACCAGUUGAUGUGGAGCACUCACAUGUUCGUUUUUUGGGAAAUCUGGUUUUAAACUUAUGGGAUUGUGGAGGGUAAGUAUUGAUGGUGUUUGACAUUUAAAUCAUAAAAUAUUGUGGAUUUAAAAACUAUCUUUUUUAAUAUAGCUUUUUAGUUUAUUCUAUUGUUAGGUGGGAUAUUUUACAGAUAUUUUAUUCCUGCACCUUGUUAACUGCUGAAUUCUAACAUUAGUGGUUGAAGGGUGAGGUAUUUUAAUAUAUCUUGCUAUUGCACAUAAUAAUUUUUUAAAAUUUAGUUUUUUUAAAAUAAAGAUUUAUUAGGUCCAUUACAAUCGUAUAUAAAAAAUUAAAUUGUUUCCAAAUGACUAUUGAAGUUUCCUGUGUUAGAUAGUAUAUAAGUCAUCAUUUUCUGUAAACUGAUGAGAACUCUGUUCUGCAUCACCACAUCCUGCUUGGGGAUCAGUCUAAGACUUUAGGAGCUAUAUUUCUGCCUCCAUAUUAUUAAUCCAUUUUAAUAUUGGCUCAAAGUUAUUAAAUUAAACAGACAUUGUGCAUUAAUUUUAUUUUCAGACAAGAAGCAUUCAUGGAGAACUAUUUUGCAUCACAACGUGACAAUAUAUUCCGCAAUGUGGAAGUUCUCAUAUAUGUCUUUGAUGUGGAAAGCAGAGAGCUUGAAAAAGAUAUGCACUAUUAUCAGUCGUGUCUGGAAGCCAUCCUUCAAAACUCACCUGAGGCCAAAGUUUUCUGUCUCAUUCACAAGAUGGAUUUGGUUCAGGAUGAUCAGAGAGAAAUAGUGAGUUAUUUUUCAAAACACGAAUCUGAGUAGACACAUUCAUCAGUAAAUAUUUAAAUUUGAAUUUCACGAUAUUCAAUAAGGUCUUAAAAUAUUAGAAAUUACUUGUGAAGCACUAGUAACAGAUCUAGAUUAAAAGAAACCGUCAAACCGCAGCAUCAUUAAGUUGCUUCUAAGAAGGCUAGUGGUGCUUGAAAAAAUAUAUUUCUCUUUAUGGUAGAACUGCUAUGAAUUAAACAAAUUUUAAAUAAAUUUUUAUCUACCAGAACCAGGUGAGUUUCUCAUUUUCUCAUUACAUUAAUUUUUCUGCUUAAUAUUAAAGCUCUUGAUUUUUUUCAGGCCUUUUAACCUUUUUGCAAUAAAAUUACAAUUUAAGUUUAAGCCUAAGACGAGCGGUUUUGAGUGUUGUUUAUUUUUUAUUUUAUUAUAAAAGAGGUUUUUCAAAUUAAAAAGUUACCCUAUUCAUCUUGUUAGGCAACAAAGAAUGAAAAAAUUGACUGCCCUUUGUGGUCUCGAUUCAAUCAGAAUCUUUUUCUGCUAAAGGCAGAGUAAAUACCAAAUUUCCAGCUGCUGUCAUUGUGUGUCAGUAUUUCAUCCUCGAACUGGUAUAAGUUAUUUUGACUACUCACUGCAGCAAAUCUUGCCAGAGGUAACCGGGUCUGUUUUUAUUGUUUGCAAAAUUUAUAACUGAAUUUGCUCACAAACAUUUUAAAUUCUUCAGAAAGUGAAAUAUUCUUGUUAAAAUCACCAGAUUUUCCAUGAGAGACAAGAGGACCUCAAGCGUCUUUCCAAGCCCUUAGAUUGCACAUGUUUUGCCACAUCAAUCUGGGAUGAGACUUUAUAUAAGGUAACAAAUCUUUUUAAAUUUAUUUUAUUCAUGUGAGCCUGAAUAUAUUAUUUCAUACCUGCCAAGUAGAAAAUGUCCUAAAACAUUUUAAAAAUUAUUUCUAAUGCAGUUGUUUCUUUUCCAUGGAUUUUAACAAACGACACAUUUAGUAAAUUAUAAUAUUAGUCGGAACAUGGUUUAUUUUUAUGUUUAUAGAUAUUCUUUAUUCUGCUAUCCCAUUUCGUAUAAGGCUGUCAAAGUAGUUGAAGAUUUUUAAAUUAAAACUAAUAGCAAUAAUAGAACAUCCAGUGUGAGGGAGAAAAUAUGCUUAUUGUAAUCUGCUCUAUUUUACACUUAGAUCACAUGUGGUGUAAAAUGUUUAUUUAAAUUUUAAAAAUUUUAAAAAUAUUUUCUGAAAGCAUUAGUGUACAGUAAAUAGUAUUAACUGAGAAUACUUUGUAAAUUCUUUGGUUUAAAAAUAAUUAAAUGACCCAUGAAAUACAUGUGCUAAAGACUAGUAAAACAAGUAAAAGCAGCACAUUUUUUUAUAGUAAAAUUAAAAUAACAUGUAUAAAAAUACAGAAAAAUACAUUAUCCAAAUUUAAACUUAAGUUAUUUUGAUGCUUCAGUCAAGAUCCUUAUAAUGUUGGUUCUUUAGACCCUCUCUCUUGAAGAGCUAAUGUCAUUUUGGAAUGCCCUGAGGAAAGGAAUUAAGUCUCAUUUAAGUUUUAAAUUUAAAAUAGCAGGCAUUCUUAGCUUAGAAGUUAAUGUACCCUAGCAGGCUUCGUGUAUUACCUCUGUAGAAAAGAAAAAGGUUAUACUUGGAACAUUCAGAUUGCAUAUUUUUUAAAAUUUCCAAUAUGACAUCGUGGCCAGCAAGUCUUGAUUUAUAAAUCUAAAUUAUGUAUUCAAAUCUGAAAAAAACAGGCAUGGUCAUCUAUAGUGUACCAGCUGAUUCCUAAUGUACAGCAACUAGAGGAGAACUUGUCCAAAUUUGCUGAGAUUCUUGAUGCCGAUGAAGUACUGCUGUUUGAGAAAGCCACAUUUUUAGUGAGUUGAUCAUCAGUCAUUGCAAGAAUCGAUCCUCAUUCUUCGCUUUUCCACAAAACGAAAUCAUCACCCCUACAUUUUAUAGAAUCAGUACCCCUAAUUAUAUUUAAUGUUUGUUUGAACUCAUAUUUAGCAUCUAAAAUAAGUUUUUUUAUAAUUAGUAUAUGAUAGGAAUAUCUAAAUAAAACAUUUUACUUGAACAGGGUAAAUUCAUCAACAGUUGCAAAAUUAUUUUCUGUAUACGCCUCUAUCAUAAUAAGUCAACUGUUACUUUCAUCGUAAUUUUUUGUUCUGGAUUGUUACAGAGUGAUUUUUAAGACAAUAAUUUAUUAAAAUUCCUUUUACUCUCAAGUGUAAAGCGGCUACUUAAUUGUUUUGUUUGUACAGCUGCAAAAUUGGUCAGCAUUUAAAAUGAAAUUAUUUUUAAAAGUCAGUGGCGCACAAAAAGAAAUUUUAAUUCAAUGUUAUAACAUAUCAUGUUGUGCUAUAUUUGUUCACUUAAUUAAUUUAAUACCUCCUGUCCAUCAGGUCAUUUCUUACUGUGAAAGAGUGCAACACCGAGAUGUGCACAGAUUUGAAAAAAUCAGCAACAUCAUAAAACAGUUUAAACUAAGCUGCAGUAAAAUAGGAGCUUCCUUUGAGAGCAUGGAAGUGAGAAACUCAGCAUUUGCCGCCUUCAUUGAGAUGUUCACACCUAACAUGGUCGUUAUGGUUGUGAUGUCAGAUACCUCCAUACGUAAGUCAUGUCAGCAAUCUAUUACUUUAAUGAUUUCAGAUACGGUGUAGUCCCUCUAUAAGGUGAAUUCGGAUUUAAGAUGGCCUGCCAUGGAUCCAGAAAUUUCAUAUAUUCAUUAGAACAUAAAAAAAUGAUGUUUCAAAAGUACUGGAAAAAUCAAUAAACUAUAUAUCCUCAUAGAGUCCAAUCACUAAUCCACUCAAACUAGCCCUACUUAAAUGCCACACAGCUAACUAACCACAAGAUACAGUUUUCCCUCACCAUAUCGCGGUUCACUUUUUGCGGUCUCACUGUAUCAUGGAAUUUUUACUUGCAUACAGGUUAUAUCUAAUGUUGUAUCGCAGAUUUAUAAAGAAUUUUAUAUGUUGUUAAAAUUACGGAGUGUUAAGAGUGUAUAAAGUGUUUAAGAGCAUAGAAUGUGUUUGUAAGAGUGUGAGGAGGGUUUAUGAAGCCUUAAAUAUAUGAAAUAUACGGUCACUACAUUACAGAUUUUAGCCUAUUGUGUGGGGGUUCUAGAACCUAACCCCCAUGAAAGACAAGGGACUAGUGUAUUAACAAAUCAGUUUUUUAAAAAACAGCUAAAUCUCAUUUCCUCCUAUGUUUUAUAGACUUUUUCUGUAAUCGCAUUUCCAUCUUGUGAAGUGUUUUUUGUUUACACAUGUGACGUUUUAAGAUUUCACAUGUUGUGUUCAUCUGAUGGACGAGGGUUAACAUUAACACUUAUAUUGUAUUGUUGACGGCGUCCGCUCCACUGAGUGAAUGGGUGUGUGGGUGAGCUCAGAUCUGUUUUUUAGUUUUAAGCCUAGGUAAAGAGUUAAAUCACUUUAAACAGGAUUUUUAAGCUUUCUGUGUUUAAAAAAGUAAAUAAUUCUCCUUUUGUCGAUAACUUAAAGAUUACAAUUUUAAUACUAAAUAGUGGAAAAUGAAAAGACAUUAAAAAAACUGUAAAAAAAAGACUUUUUAUUUACAAUGAGUUAAAAUGCUUUAAUCAGAAGAAAAUAAUUUUUAUUCCUUAUAAUGCAUUACGCAAUAUAAACAACUGCUUACUGUUAAUAUGUAGAGAACUCAAAAUAAAAUCUCUUCCUGAUUUCACUUCUGCAUAAUAAACCUUUGGACGUAUGACAAAGUAAAAAAAAAAUAAAUGAGACAUAAGAUUACCUGCGUGAGAUGUCCGUGGAAGGUCAUUGGGCAAUUGAGAAUCAACAAAUGAUGUUUAUUGUAACAUGCAUGUGAGAUUUAGGGGGAGUGGGAUUUUUUUUUUGGCUAUUUAAUCCAAUUAUAGAACUGUAACAAACUAGAUCAGUUUCAAACACACCGGAUAAUUUAUAGCAAUUGUUCAUGUUUUUUCUCCGCAGCUUCUGCAGCCACUCAGUUGAAUAUCAAAAAUGCUAGGAAACACUUUGAGAAACUUGAGAGUUUGGUGACGCCCCACAGAGGAAUGGGAAGUAACACUCGAUGAAGUUCUGUUUUGCCACCAUGAUAGCCAGUUUCACUCUCAGAAGUAGACCACAAACAAAGGAUCGAUCAAGAACAAACUGUGAUAAAACAAAGAUCAAGUCUACAUAUGGCCGAGUCCUAGUAAAUUUUUCUUUGUUUAAAUUACAUACGGUAACACCUUGUAAUCAGCCAUAAGUUACGUCACUGCAGAGGGAGAGCUCAAAUGAUAGGAUUAUGUGCAAUGUUAUUUUUAAAGAUAUAUUUGCCUUAGGAUUUUUGUUUGAUAAAACAUUUUGAUUUUUAAAGCAGACCAUGUAGUUUGACUUUCAUUUGUAUUUACUACAAUUAAAAAAAGAAUUAGAGUCAGAUCAUAGGGUAAUACUGAAGUAAAUUACAAUCCCAAAUUUGGAAGUUGAUAAAAAAAUCCUCGAAACCUCAUGCUUGAAGUAUCCCUGGUUAUUGAAUUAAUUAUAUUGAUAUUACCUUUUUUUUUUUUUUUUCUAAUUUUCUUUUUUCGGGGAGUAGGGUUAAGGGUUAUUUUUGUUUCAAAACCAGAUUUAGAAUUUCAUAUUUUAUUGUGCCAUUAUGAGAUUCAGGUUGAUUUUCUUUUUAAAAAGAGAAAUUUUUGUUAGUUUGUAAGUCACCUGGCUUUGAAUGAAAAGAUUAUAAGAUAUUCACCUAGCUAUGAAUGAAAAGAUUGAGUUGUUUUUGUGUUUUUUUGUUGUAUCACUGAAGUUAUUUGACAGAUAAGUUGGCUAAAGCUCUACAAAAAUGAACGCAGCUCAUGUUAAUGCUUGCUAGAGAUGCUACUGGUCUCCUUGUGUAUGCUAAUAAUAUUAAAGUGGGACUGAUUACUUGUCCUUACUCUAGCUGUUGCCUAUUGCUUUUAACGCAUUUAUCAGUGGGCUGUUUUGUUAAUUUUGAGGAAUCUUGGCUAAUUUUGGGACGUGAAAUCUAGUGUUGUUGUCAAAUCUACUGAGUUUAAGAUGUGAAAUCUAGUGAUGCUGUUUUAAAUAUACUGAGUUAAAAAUGUGAAAUGUAGUGUUGCUGUUAAAUCUUCGGAGUCUAAGGCGUGAAAUUUAGUGUUGCUAUGAGUCUAAGGUGUGAAAUCUUAGUGUUUCUGUUGAAUCUACCUCAACUCAAAAUGUUUUGGUGGGAUUUAAAACCUUUGACAUUUUUUGAACAGUUACACUAUUAAAAGUUAUCUGAGAUUAAGUACAUAUGUAUUGCAUUCUGGAUCAAAUAUGUACAACUUGUAAUGUCAUCCAGCCUUUUUUACAUUUUAACUGUUAGGAUAUUCCAUCUUUUUCUCUGUAGGUAUAUCUAAGUAUAAGUAACCUGAGAAUCAUAAUUUUUUAAUCAUUUAAAAUUCCUUACAGCUAAUUUUACUAUCUCUUGUUGUGUAUUUGUUAUGUAUUUAUUUGCAAUGGAUGUAAAUAUUGUCACUUAUUAGUCUAAGCCACAGGCUCCAAACUUUUUUUGGGUUGCAACCCCAUUUGAUAGAAACAAAAUGACGAGCAAGCCUUAUACAUUUGAAAAAAUAGCAUCAGUAUAAAUAUAAAUUGCAUUAUGAAAUAUUUAAUGCAUUUGCAAUUGUACCUCUUCUAAAAGCUUCAAAAUUGGUGGUUGACUCAAUCAGAAGCAUUGAAAAUCCAUUCUCACUGAAAUGUAUAGAGGCUAAAAAUAUAAUUUUAUUAUAAAUUUUAACAAAAUUAAAUAUGCUUAAAAUCAUUAUUCGUUUAGUUUACUGUUUGAGCCGGUGACUCCCACAGAAAAUCCUUAGUGACCUCCUCCUGACACAUGGGUUCGGAACCGGUGGUCUGAACAAAACUGUCAUAAUUACAUUUAGGAUAAAAUGCAUUUCAAGAAUUUGAUUGAUAAACCCUUUAGGAAUGGUUUUAUAAAUACAUAUGUUGGUGGUCUUUUCUAUGUAGUUUAUUGUACAAUAAUAAUUUUAACACCCCACAAGGUUUAUUGGGACUAUAAAAUUUUUGAAAAAAUGAAUUUCGAUGGCACACAUCUCUGGGCUUAAAGCUUUGUUCAGAUGAAAAAUUGAUAUUUGUUAUAAGAUAAGUAUUUCUAUUGAUAGAAAAAUAUAGAUGAUUUUAUUUAUUACAUUGUAAAUAUUCUUUUCAGUCUGGAUAGUCUUUGUGUUUUUUUGUUUUUAAAAAUUGGUUUGUAGCAAGGCAUCCGUUGAACCAUUGUUUGGUUAGAUUCUCUGAGUUUAAAAUAAACUGAGAUGUGUCAGAGAUUUUAAUUUAUCUAUAUGACACAUUGAGAGUUUGAUCUUGUCACAUUGGCAUGUGUCAUACUGAGUUUAUGUUAACUCUUAUUGAUCAAUUGAGCAAUGAGAAAAGAACUCAAUACUGCAACGAACUGAGUCUGUGCUUUUUUUUUUCCAAGAUCAAUGACUGUAGCCAACUGGUCUUCUGUUAGUUGUUUUGAUGCCACCAUCUCUUUGCAAGAUGGUUGGGUUGUAUUUUUUAUGCUUAGAUUGUCUACAAGUUUAAUUUUAAACAAUGAAAAAAAAAGAUUUAUAGAGUCAUGCAUUAAACACAUUCAAAAUUCCUUGUAAACAAAAAAAAAAAAAUCAGAAUAUCAUCAAAAAAAGCUUGGGGGGAAAAAGCACAGAUGCAAUCGAUCCACCUGCCGUGUAGACCGAUCCACCUGCCGUGUAGACCGAUCCACCUGCCGUGUAGACCGCCAGAAGAAUAUUUUCUGUUCUUAAAACAUCUGGAGUGGCACACACAAAAAAAUAAUUAAAUUCAUAUUUCAUUUCUGUUUUGAGUGGUCAACAAUGUCUUUGAGUGGUCCACUCUGUUGGGAACCCCCAGCAUGUCAUGUUCACCAUUUACAUUACUGCCUUAAGGGUAAAUUAAUAUUUUUUAAAAGUGUAAAUUAAUAAGAUGUUAUUUCUAACUAGUUGUUUUUUUUGUUGCAUUCUAACAAAUGCUUACAGUUGCAUUCUAACAAAUGCUUACAGAAUAUUGAGGGUCUUGCCAGAUUUUACCACCAAAAAAAUAUAUUUGCACAUGAAAAUCAAGAAAGGGGAUAUCAUUGUAAAGUCAUGAGCUGAAUCUAAUUAAAAUUGUUUAAGAUGUGCCAGUGAGGUCCUCAGAGUUGUAUCUGUAUAUCUCUAUUGAAAUUUUUCAAUUUCUUUGAAGGAAUUAUGAAUACUAAAAAGUGUUUUUUUUUUAUUUACAUAAAAAAACUCCAACCUACUAGUAAAUGAAUAUUUUUUUAUUUAAAAGUAAAAAUUCAAACUGUUGUUUGUGCAUUUAAUUAUAACCUUUUAAAGAGUUCUUUUUAUUUAUUAAUUUUAUUUUAAAAUUAGUUUUUAAGUGGUUCAUAACAAUCAUGGGAUCAUUUUGAUAUGUUUUCCAAGUUUUUCCUUUCAAUGCAACUUUGAUUACAUUAACUGAAAGAUGGUGUUACUUGAUUACCUGAACGACAAGAAAAUGUUCUAUCCCUAAAUAGCCCAGAGGAGAGGGAUCAUCUCAUGAUCCUCACCUUGUGUGUCCACCAUGUAUCUAGUACAUUAAUACUAUAGAGUUUGUGAAGCCUGGGGUGGUCCUUGAGCCACUUCCUCACAAAUGACAUUCAACAUUUGACACCAUCUAUUUUUGAAAAAAAGAAUUUUGUAUUUUAAUUAUUGCUUUGUUUUUAAUCGUCCAUACAUUAUUCCUUAUGUAUUAUAAUGUGGUAUUGUACAGGAAAUAGUGGAACUAGUUAUGUUGAAGCUGGAAAAGAAUUAACAGAACAAACAAAAAAAAAGAGAAAUGCUUUAGCUAAAUGGCUUUAUCAGCAGACAAACAAGAAACAAAGAAUACAUUUCUAUAGUUCUAUGUUGUUUAUUGUUUUGCCUGCUGAAGUUGACUUUCAGCCAAAAAGUUAUCCUUUUAAUUUUAUUGUCCUGUUCUUUCUUUUGAAGCUUCAACAUACCCAGUUCCACAAUUACUUCCACACAGCUUCAACAUACCCAGUUCCACAAUUACUUCCACACAGCUUCAACAUACCCAGUUCCACAA